CAUGAAAUGGCCACAGAUGAUAAGACGUCCCCAACACUGGACUCUGCUAAUGAUUUGCCUCGAUCUCCUACUAGUCCUUCUCAUCUCACACACUUUAAGCCUUUGACUCCUGAUCAAGAUGAGCCCCCUUUUAAAUCAGCUUAUAGUUCUUUUGUAAAUCUCUUUCGUUUUAACAAAGAGAGAGCAGAAGGAGGCCAGGGAGAACAGCAGCCUUUGAGUGGAAGUUGGACCAGCCCUCAGCUCCCUUCAAGGACACAGUCUGUUAGGUCACCCACACCUUAUAAAAAACAACUUAAUGAGGAACUCCACCGGCGCUCUUCAGCAUUAGACACAAGAAGGAAAGCAGAACCUACCUUUGGAGGUCAUGACCCUCGUACAGCUGUUCAGCUUCGAAGCCUCAGCACAGUAUUAAAACGCCUCAAGGAAAUCAUGGAGGGGAAAAGCCAGGAUAGUGACCUGAAACAAUACUGGAUGCCAGAUAGCCAAUGUAAAGAGUGCUAUGACUGUAGUGAGAAAUUUACAACCUUUAGGCGCAGACACCAUUGCCGACUAUGUGGGCAGAUUUUCUGCAGUCGUUGCUGUAAUCAAGAAAUCCCUGGAAAAUUUAUGGGCUAUACAGGAGACCUCCGAGCUUGCACAUAUUGUAGAAAAAUAGCCUUAAGUUAUGCUCAUUCCACAGACAGUAAUUCUAUUGGGGAAGACUUGAAUGCUCUUUCAGAUUCUGCUUGCUCUGUGUCUGUACUUGAUCCAAGUGAACCCCGAACACCUGUUGGGAGUAGGAAAGCCAGCCGUAACAUAUUUUUAGAGGAUGAUUUGGCCUGGCAAAGUUUGAUUCAUCCAGAUUCCUCAAAUACUCCUCUUUCAACAAGACUUGUAUCUGUGCAAGAGGAUGCUGGGAAAUCUCCUGCUCGAAAUAGAUCAGCCAGCAUUACUAACCUGUCACUGGAUAGAUCUGGUUCUCCUAUGGUACCUUCAUAUGAGACAUCUGUCAGUCCCCAGGCUAACCGAACAUAUGUUAGGACAGAGACCACUGAGGAUGAACGCAAAAUUCUUCUGGACAGUGUUCAGUUAAAGGACCUGUGGAAAAAAAUCUGCCAUCACAGCAGUGGAAUGGAGUUUCAGGAUCACCGCUACUGGUUGAGAACGCAUCCCAACUGCAUUGUAGGAAAGGAAUUAGUCAACUGGCUAAUCCGAAAUGGGCACAUUGCCACAAGGGCACAAGCUAUAGCGAUUGGACAAGCAAUGGUUGAUGGACGUUGGCUGGAUUGUGUUAGUCAUCACGACCAGCUUUUCAGAGAUGAGUAUGCGCUGUAUAGACCACUGCAGAGUACAGAAUUUUCUGAGACGCCUUCUCCAGACAGUGACUCGGUGAACUCCGUGGAAGGACACUCUGAACCAUCCUGGUUUAAAGACAUAAAGUUUGAUGACAGUGACACAGAACAGAUAGCUGAAGAAGGUGACGAUAAUUUGGCUAAUUCUGCCAGUCCUAGCAAGCGCACAUCAGUCAGCAGUUUCCAGUCCACAGUGGACAGUGACUCAGCCGCUUCUAUCAGCCUGAACGUGGAGCUGGACAACGUGAACUUCCAUAUCAAGAAGCCCUCCAAGUACCCACAUGUGCCCCCUCACCCUGCUGACCAAAAAGAGUAUUUGAUUUCUGACACUGGAGGACAACAGCUCUCAAUAAGUGACGCUUUCAUCAAAGAAUCCUUAUUUAAUCGUCGAGUAGAGGAAAAAUCCAAAGAGCUGCCUUUCACACCUUUGGGCUGGCAUCAUAACAACCUGGAGCUCCUGAGGGAGGAGAAUGGGGAGAAACAAGCCAUGGAGAGGUUGCUUUCAGCUAAUCAUAACCACAUGAUGGCACUACUCCAGCAGUUGCUCCAUAGUGACUCACUGUCAUCAUCUUGGAGGGACAUCAUCGUGUCAUUGGUCUGCCAGGUUGUUCAGACAGUCCGACCUGAUGUCAAGAACCAGGAUGAUGACAUGGAUAUCCGUCAGUUUGUCCACAUCAAAAAAAUCCCAGGUGGAAAGAAGUUUGAUUCUGUGGUUGUCAAUGGCUUUGUUUGUACCAAGAACAUUGCACAUAAAAAGAUGAAUUCUUGUAUUAAAAACCCCAAAAUUCUUCUGUUGAAGUGUUCCAUUGAGUAUCUCUACAGAGAAGAAACUAAGUUUACUUGCAUUGAUCCUAUUGUGCUUCAGGAAAGAGAAUUCUUGAAGAAUUAUGUUCAGCGAAUAGUUGAUGUUCGACCCACCUUGGUUCUAGUUGAGAAAACAGUGUCUCGGAUUGCCCAGGACAUGUUAUUGGAACAUGGUAUUACUUUGGUCAUUAAUGUAAAAUCGCAAGUUUUGGAACGAAUCAGUCGAAUGACCCAAGGUGAUUUAGUGAUGUCGAUGGACCAGCUGCUUACGAAACCACACCUGGGCACUUGUCACAAAUUUUAUAUGCAGAUAUUUCAGUUGCCUAAUGAGCAAACCAAGACGCUGAUGUUUUUUGAAGGUUGUCCACAGCACCUAGGCUGUACAAUCAAGCUGAGAGGAGGCUCUGAUUAUGAGCUGGCUCGAGUUAAGGAGAUCCUAAUAUUUAUGAUCUGUGUUGCUUAUCAUUCUCAACUAGAAAUCUCCUUUCUCAUGGAUGAAUUUGCUAUGCCUCCCACAUUAAUGCAAAACCCUUCAUUCCAUUCCCUGAUUGAGGGACGAGGGCAUGAGGGGACUGUCCAAGAGCAGUACGGUGGAGGUUCCCUCCCCUGGGAUCCUGACAUCCCUCCUGAGUCUCUGCCCUGUGAUGAUAGCAGUUUGCUGGAAUCGAGGAUUGUGUUUGAGAAGGGUGAGCAGGAAAAUAAAAAUGUUCCACAGGCUGUUGCCUCUGUGAAGCAUCAGGAACAUAGCACAACAACUUGCCCGGCGGGUCUCGCUUGUGCUUUCUUUCCACCUGUACCGGAAUCAUUGUUGCCACUUCCUGUGGAUGACCAACAAGAUGCUUUAGGCAGUGAGCAGCCAGAGAGUUUGCAGCAAACAGUUGUGCUGCAGGAUCCCAAAAGCCAGAUAAGAGCCUUUAGAGACCCUCUACAGGAUGACACUGGAUUAUAUGUUACUGAGGAAGUCGCCUCCUCUGAAGAUAAACGAAAGACUUAUUCUUUGGCCUUUAAGCAGGAAUUGAAAGAUGUGAUCCUCUGUAUCUCCCCAGUAAUCACAUUCCGAGAACCCUUUCUUUUAACUGAAAAGGGGAUGAGAUGCUCUACCCGAGAUUAUUUUGCAGAGCAGGUUUACUGGUCUCCUCUCCUCAAUAAAGAAUUCAAAGAAAUGGAGAACAGGAGGAAGAAACAGCUGCUCAGGGAUCUCUCUGGACUUCAGGGCAUGAACGGAAGUAUUCAGGCCAAGUGUAUUCAAGUCUUACCCUCACAUGAGCUUGUGAGCACUAGAAUUGCUGAGCAUCUGGGCGAUAGCCAGAGCUUGGGUAGAAUGCUGGCCGAUUAUCGAGCCAGAGGAGGAAGAAUUCAGCCCAAAAAUUCAGACCCUUUUGCUCAUUCAAAGGAUGCAUCAAGUACUUCAAGUGGCAAAUCAGGAAGCAAAAAUGAGGGUGAUGAAGAGAGAGGGCUUAUUCCGAAUGAUGCUGUGUGGUCAACAAAGGUGGACUGUCUGAAUCCCAUUAACCACCAGAGACUGUGUGUGCUCUUCAGCAGCUCUUCUGCCCAGUCCAGCAAUGCUCCCAGUGCCUGUGUCAGUCCUUGGAUUGUAACAAUGGAAUUUUAUGGAAAGAAUGAUCUUACAUUAGGAAUAUUUUUAGAGAGAUACUGUUUCAGGCCUUCUUAUCAGUGUCCAAGCAUGUUCUGUGAUACCCCCAUGGUACAUCAUAUUCGGCGCUUUGUUCAUGGCCAAGGCUGUGUACAGAUAAUCCUGAAGGAGUUGGAUUCUCCAGUACCUGGAUAUCAACAUACAAUUCUUACAUAUUCCUGGUGUAGAAUCUGCAAACAGGUAAAUAGACCUUCUGUCAGUUAUUCUCCCAUUCGGCUUCUUGAAGUAUGUGUUCCACUUCCCAAAAUAUUCAUUAAGCGUCAGGCCCCAUUAAAAGUGUCCCUUCUUCAGGAUCUGAAGGACUUCUUUCAAAAAGUUUCACAGGUAUAUCUUGCCAUUGAUGAAAGACUUGCAUCUUUGAAAACUGAUACAUUUAGUAAAACAAGAGAGGAAAAAAUGGAAGAUAUCUUUGCACAGAAAGAGAUGGAAGAAGGCGAGUUCAAGAACUGGAUUGAGAAGAUGCAAGCAAGGCUCAUGUCUUCCUCUCUAGAUACCCCUCAGCAACUACAGUCGGUCUUUGAGUCACUCAUUGCCAAGAAACAAAGUCUCUGUGAAGUGCUGCAAGCUUGGAAUAACAGGUUGCAGGACCUUUUCCAACAGGAAAAGGGUAGAAAGAGACCUUCAGUUCCUCCAAGUCCUGGAAGACUGAGACAAGGGGAAGAAAGCAAGGUAAGUGCGAUGGAUGCCUCUCCACGGAAUAUUUCUCCAGGACUUCAGAAUGGAGAAAAAGAGGAUCGCUUCUUAACAACUUUGUCCAGCCAGAGCUCCACCAGUUCUACUCAUCUCCAGUUGCCUACGCCACCUGAAGUCAUGUCUGAGCAGUCAGUAGGAGGGCCCCCUGAGCUAGAUACAGCCAGCAGUUCUGAAGAUGUGUUUGAUGGGCAUUUGCUGGGAUCCACAGACAGCCAAGUGAAGGAAAAGUCAACCAUGAAAGCCAUCUUUGCAAAUUUGCUUCCAGGAAAUAGCUAUAAUCCUAUUCCAUUUCCUUUUGAUCCAGAUAAACACUAUUUAAUGUACGAACAUGAACGAGUGCCCAUUGCAGUCUGCGAGAAGGAACCCAGCUCCAUCAUUGCUUUUGCUCUCAGUUGUAAAGAAUACCGAAAUGCCUUAGAGGAAUUGUCUAAAGCGACUCAGUGGAAUGGUGCUGAAGAAGGGCUUCCAACAAAUAGUACUUUAGAUAGCAGACCAAAGAGUAGCAGCCCUAUCAGAUUACCUGAAAUGAGUGGAGGACAGACAAACCGUACAGCAGAAACAGAACCACAACCAACCAAAAAGGCUUCUGGAAUGUUGUCCUUCUUCAGAGGGACAGCAGGGAAAAGCCCCGAUCUCUCUUCCCAGAAGAGAGAGACCUUACGUGGAGCAGAUAGUGCUUACUACCAGGUUGGGCAGACGGGCAAGGAGGGGACCGAGAAUCAAGGCGUUGAGCCUCAAGAUGACGUAGAUGGAGGAGAUACACAAAAGAAACAACUCAUAAAUCCUCAUGUGGAACUUCAAUUUUCCGAUGCUAAUGCCAAGUUUUACUGUCGGCUCUACUAUGCGGGAGAGUUUCAUAAGAUGCGUGAAGUGAUUCUGGACAGCAGUGAGGAAGAUUUCAUUCGUUCCCUCUCCCACUCAUCCCCCUGGCAGGCCCGGGGAGGCAAAUCAGGAGCUGCCUUCUAUGCAACUGAAGAUGAUAGAUUUAUUUUGAAGCAAAUGCCUCGUCUGGAAGUCCAGUCUUUCCUCGACUUUGCACCACAUUACUUCAAUUAUAUUACAAAUGCUGUUCAACAAAAGAGGCCCACGGCAUUGGCCAAAAUUCUUGGAGUUUACAGAAUUGGUUAUAAGAACUCUCAGAACAACACUGAGAAGAAGUUAGAUCUCCUUGUCAUGGAAAAUCUUUUCUAUGGGAGAAAGAUGGCACAGGUUUUUGAUUUGAAGGGCUCUCUUAGGAAUCGGAAUGUAAAAACUGACACUGGAAAAGAGAGUUGUGAUGUGGUCCUGCUAGAUGAAAAUCUCCUAAAGAUGGUUCGAGACAACCCUUUAUACAUUCGUUCUCAUUCCAAAGCUGUGCUGAGAACCUCGAUCCAUAGUGACUCCCAUUUCCUUUCUAGCCACCUCAUUAUAGAUUAUUCUUUGCUGGUUGGGCGAGAUGAUACUAGCAAUGAGCUAGUAGUUGGAAUUAUAGAUUAUAUUCGAACAUUUACAUGGGACAAAAAGCUUGAGAUGGUUGUGAAAUCAACAGGAAUUUUAGGCGGACAAGGUAAAAUGCCAACAGUGGUGUCUCCGGAGUUAUACAGGACUAGGUUUUGUGAGGCAAUGGACAAGUAUUUCCUAAUGGUACCAGACCACUGGACAGGCUUGGGUCUGAAUUGCUGAAAUCAAGCACAUAUUUUGAAAUGGACUGUGAAGGAAAAGGGGACAGGAACAAAGGACCAAAAAUAAGCUACAUGUUUUAUUUGUUCAUCGUGUUCACCACUGUAUACAAAGGCUUUUCAGUUCUGUGGCUCUUUAGACUGUCCGUAAUGGAAUAGUAAAAACUCCCAUGAAUUUGCACUUUGGUUUUUGAUACCUGUGGAUUAGCUGUCUAUAGGUUGGGAAGUGGCGUGAAAAUUUUCUUAAGCUAAAAUACAGACAUGCUUCAAAGGGCUAAAGUUGGAGAUGAGUAGAUAGGGUAAAAAAUGGGUUAAAUUUGCUAGCUUAAUUGUUUUAAGAAGAAAACAAUGUCUCAUAAAUUGACUAUCCUGGCAUCACAUUUAACACAUUCUCUACUUAGAAAGCAUUUGUAGAGCUGCUGAAUUUGUUUUGUGUUUUUCUGUAAUAAUUUAAUGUUACUUAUUAGAAUUUCUGAAACCUUUACAAAAAUUCUGAUUUAUUCCAUUAAUGGCCAGUUAAACACGUGGGCAUUUAUUGUUUUAUUGAGGAAUUUGACUUAAACUGAGAAUCCUGUCAUGUUCUUCAUCUUUCCAGCUUGCCUGUUUUUUAGUAUGUUUGAUGUUUUUAAAAUUUUGCUUUCUCUGUAGAUGACAGGAGGCUACAGCCAUUAACUUUAAGCCUUCUUUUUGCGAUAUUUUUAAAACUUGUUUAAAACUUUUGUGCAAUUGAUAUAUUAAACUGCAUUUACUUGCGUAUGCUCAUAUUCUAGGGUUUUUUCUCUAUUUUCAGGGUAUCAUAAUAAAUCAUUAGUAAAUGAGUCUGUAGUUACUAAACCCUAAUGAAAUAAUUAUUAAUAAAGGAUUUUUAAAAUAUAAAAUAAAUUAGGCCCAAUCCAAGAAAUUGAGUGAGAGGGAAACACUUGUUUUUUUCAGAGGCAAAGUGUCUUUUCAGUAUAACCAGCAAUUUAUUAGUGGCAUCUAUAAAAUAAAAAAAUUUCCACUUGGACAUCCCCUUUCCAGCUUUCUACAUAAUGGCUAGUUCUGACUGCUAAAAAAUGUUAAGAAAUAGGCUGGGUGCGAUGGCUCAUGCCUAUAAUCCUAGCACUUUGGGAGGCCGAGGCAGGCAGAUCACCCGAGGUCAGGAGUUCAAGACCAGCCUGGCCAACAUGACAAAACCCCGUCUCUACUAAAAAGACAAAAAAUUAGCCAGUCGUGGUGGCAUAUACCUGUAACCCCAACUACUUGGGUGGCUGAGGCAGGAGAAUUGUUUGAACCUGGGAGGCGGAGGCUGCGGUGAGCUGGGAUUAUACCAUUGCAUUCUAGCCUGGGCAACAGAGCAAGACUCUGUCUCAAAAAAACAAAAUGAAACAAACAAAAAAAGAAAGUUGUUCUUAGUAAGGAACUUCUUGUUUAAUAGCAUUUUUGUUUAAAAAGUGAUCAGAAGUAGUAAACUAUCUUUGAGGAAAUACUGUAACCCCAGAAUAUUUCCUCUUGACUUCUUUUUGUAACAAGGAUAAUUUAGGGAUUUAUAAAGUUGUAAGGAUUUCACUGUUUUUGGACUGCCUAUAAUAAUAGCACAUUAGCCUUCACCUAAUAAGAAAUCUGGACAAGUUCAGUUACACAGUAUGAUGAAUACUUGAGUAGGAACAUUAUAGAAAAUUUGCUUUAGAGAAUGAAGGCAGUAGGUUGGUAUUUGAUGCUUAUUAAAAAUGUGGUUUGUUUUGAACUGGAAGCAAGUUGACCAAGGACUUAUGACUAAUGUGAUGCUAAGUUCUGCUUGGCCCCUUUUAAAAAUGUGUAUGUGCCUUUUAAAGAUACACAAAACACUGAGGAUUUUAGUUUUGAAAUCAAAGACUAGUAAAGGAGCUGUACAGAAGUAAAAAAAUAAAUGUGGAACAUUAUUCGCUUAUUUUGUGUCCAGGAACAGUGGAUUUUGUAUCUGAUUUAAAAUGCCAACAGUGUCUUGUCUCUGUUCAUUUUUUCUGUGAGGAUACUUAGUGUUAUUUAUCCUGUCCAUUUCCUGUACUCCCCUAGUCAUGAACACUUGAAGUAUGAGGUGUCUCCUACUAGGUGCAAUCAGGUUGUUUCUUUUAGUUUCAAUUCUAUGUGCAUAGCAGGAAUGCUCAAUAGGAAUGGCUUCUGACAAUAAUGUGUCCUGUUGAUUUUCUUUUCCUUGCCCAUGGCUUGAACAACUGUGUUUUAAAGUACUUUUGUCUAGUAGGUAACUUUGUGGCAGAAAUUUUCAAUAUAAUACAUUCUGAAACAGUAGUUGUUGCCUUGCAAAGGUAAUCUCUCCUUUUAAAAUUGGACAAUAUUAAUGAAGGGGAAAUGUAAAAUUUAACUAUUUCUGUUGAGUGGUAGAACUGUAUGUCUGGUCCCUUGCAGCUCUUGUUUAGGCCACUAUCAUAGAUAUGAGAUAUUUCAAAUACUGUACUACUCAGUGUUAAGUAUUGAAUGGCUGUUUUCCUCUCCUUCAAGGCCUAGAGUAUAUUAAUUCUGCAAAUUUAGGAAUGAGGAAGAAAUCUUAAUACUUCCUUCCUUAACAUACAAUAUGAGUCCCAAGAAUAAUUGAUAGUAGCAAGAGAAAACUAUGUCAGUAACAUGUUGCUUUGUACAAAAAUCUUAUUUAUAAAUGUGAAGCUUUUUGAUGCCAUCAAAACUUAUUAAAAAAUAGGAAGGAUUUACUUUUUUCUAAUUCUGACAUAAGAAAAAUAAUGAGAAUAAGCUGUUGCAAGCUCUUUUGUAGUUUAUUGAAUACUUUAUAUUCAAAAUUUCUUACAAACUAUAAUUUUUUCCAUGAUUUAGCAGUGAAUGGUUUUCUAGCUUUGGCUCUUAUUAGAUAUUGUAAAUACUAGGGUUAUAUUGACAUCAGCUUUUGUGAUGGCUUUGUGGUCAUCAGCUUCAUGACAUUUUACCCAUUUGCAGUGACCCUGUAUAAAACUGCCAAGGGAAGUAAUUAUCUGUAGGAGUUUGCUGAGCUUGAAGAGUGAAAAGUGUUGUGAAUGAGCCUGAUCAUAAAACGGAUCAAGCCAUUCAUUAUUCCUCAAGUAUUAAUAUACUGACUUAUACAGUAUUUAAACCAUCUAGUGCAAUCCCUUUUUGUUUUUUUUUGUUUGUUUUUGUAACACAGGUGCAGUGUAUUAUAGAAAAAAUAAAAACUACAAUCAUUAGCAGUUUUAAUACUGCUGUGUCAGUUUUGUAAAAAAUGUACAUUGUCUUUUGACAUGUUGAAUUUUAAACUAGAGAAAUGACAUUGUAAAUCAUAGUAGCCUCUUUUAAUUUAAUACGAAAAAUGCCACUAUAUUGAAAGUACUUAAUGUAUUAUAUUGUAUAUAUUUCUCUACUUUGGUUCUAGCUAUUUUAUAUGAUUGAUAUGUUAUUUAAAAGAUAACUGCCUUGAACUUUUGGAGACUUGUAAUGUAAAUAAAGAAAUCUUAACAAACUGAGAAUCUACUUACUC